UUUUUGAAGUGAAUUCAUGCAAUGUGUGCACUUGUUAGGGUUUGGUUAACAUCAGUGAAACAUCAGUGAGUGGUCUUGGCAUGUACAAACUGUUUUCCUUUCAGAUGAAGCUGAAUUGAGAAAUGCACUGCAGGAGUACAGUGUAUAUACUUCAACGUGUAGUGAUCAACCUUCAGGUGGAACCAAUUUAGGACUAGUCAAGGCCUUAACCUCUGAAAUGUGUGUUGUACCAUAGCUGUCCAACUCCAAAGUUCUGGGGUUUUUUAAGCAUUGCAGUACUUGCUAGAUGGUGUGAAUUGGAAAAAGAUUUUUUUUUUGGUGGUUGGUGGUUUUUUUUGGGGUUUUUUUGAGACAGGAUCUCUUCCUCCAGGCUUUGUCUUUUUCCUGUGGAGCAUGGCUUUCAUGGGAUUUUUCAGUUCAGGAACUCAGAACUUCAUUACUCAAUGUUGAAAAAACUUAUUGAAGUAUGAAUGUAGUUGUUUUGGCAGAAGACAUUAAAUCUAGCAAAACUUGAUUUCUUUUUUCCAGGAAAGAACAGUAACAAUUAGAAGACAGACUGUAGGAGGAUUUGGAUUAAGUAUAAAGGGUGGAGCAGAACAUAAUAUUCCAGUGGUCAUUUCUAAGAUUUCCAAAGAACAAAGAGCGGAACUUUCAGGUUUGCUCUUUAUAGGAGAUGCAAUUCUACAGAGUAAGUCUUUUCUUUAUCUUUUUAACAACAGAUUAAUGGAAUUAAUGUGAGAAAAUGCAGGCAUGAAGAAGUGUUUGUUCGGUGGAGGAGGAAGAGGAAAGGAGAAUGGACUCUAUAUAAUUUUUCAAUAGUAUCCAGUGUUGGCCUGUUCCAGCCAGAUACAUGGAGGUUUCCAGAUGGCCCACCCCAUACUUCUCAACACUAGUAUGGUACAGUAUGGUACAAGUCCUUCGCAAUGCAGGGGACGAAGUGACCCUAACUGUGUCCUUUCUGAAAAGAGCACCUGCUUUUCUCAAACUGCCGCUGAAUGAAGAUUGUGCAUGUGCUCCCAGUGACCAAAGCAGUGGCACAUCCUCUCCCCUGUGUGACAGUGGUUUGCAUCUCAACUACCACCCCAACAACACAGAUACAUUAUCAUGUUCCUCAUGGCCAGCAUCACCAGGACUUAGGUGGGAGAAGAGGUGGUGUGAUCUUCGUUUAAUUCCACUUCUUCAUUCACGAUUUUCCCAGUACCUUCCAGGAUCAGAUUUGUGCAGGCAAAAUGCAUUCCAAGUAAUUGCUGUGGAUGGGGUUUGCAGUGGAAUAAUUCAGUGUCUCUCUGCUGAAGACUGUAUUGACUGGCUACAAGCAAUAGCAAGUAACAUUUCCAACCUCACAAAGCACAAUAUUAAAAAAAUCAACAGGAACUUUCCCGUAAACCAGCAGAUAGUCUACAUGGGCUGGACGGAAGAACGGGAACAAGACUCCCUUCAGGACCGAAUGUACACACCAAAGUUUCUAGCACUGAGGGGAGCUUCCCUGUAUAAAUUUAUAGCACCUCCAGUCACAACCUGGGAUUGGACACGAGCUGAGAAAACAUUUUCAGUUUAUGAGAUAAUGUGCAAAAUUCUCAAGGACAGUGAUCUACUGGACCGUCGGAAACAUUGCUUCAGUGUCCAGUCUGAAUCUGGAGAAGAUCUUUACUUUUCUGUGGAACUAGAAUGUGACCUAACACUAUGGGAAAAAGCCUUCCAAACAGCAACUUUUUUAGAAGUUGAACGGAUACAGUGCAAGACAUAUGCCUGUGUUUUAGAGAGUCAUCUUAUGGGACUUACCAUCGACUUCAGCAUGGGCUUUGUCUGUUUUGAUGCUGCCACAAAGGCUGUGCUUUGGAGGUACAAGUUUUCCCAGCUCAAAGGUUCUUCAGAUGAUGGGAAGAGCAAAAUCAAAUUUUUGUUCCAAAACCAAGAUACUAAACAAAUCGAAGCAAAGGAGCUGGAGUUUUCUAACCUGUUUGCAGUCCUUCACUGUAUCCACUCAUUCUUUGCAGCCAAAGUGGCUUGUUUGGACCCUUUGUAUGUAGGCAGCCAAGCCACAGCUUCUGCUGCUCCCACAACUUCUGGUACUGGCAAAUUAAAGUAUUCUACUUGACAUCCCCCAUGACAGCACUGCCACUUAACAACGAGACAUAAAAAUGUAGAAAUAUUCAUAAGAUUUAGACCUUUGGUGAACCAUGUAUGUGGAAACCAAUCCUGGAGGCAAGACAUCUUGCAUCGUCAGCAGAUAAAUGGUCACGUGGGAUCGUAAUUUCAUCUCGGUUCUGCAAGACAUCAGUAAAUAAUCCUAGUCAAAACCCCAGAAUAGGAUGGAUAUGCUUUUAGUAUUAUCUAUUUGUACUUACAUAGUGCUUUAAGCAGCAUUGGAAGCAAAGGAAUAAAUGGCAAAAUGAAGCACUUGAGUAUUUAAUAAAAUUUUCAAAUUGCUGUAAUAAUACACAAAUAGAAUUGUCAUUUUCCUCUUUUCAGAUGUUUUUUAAUGACAAUAUACUAAACUCUGAGUAUGAGCAUAAUGCCCUAUAAUUAUAUUAUAAAUGAGAGCAAGCAUACAGAACACGGUGACAAAGGAGAUAAGCAUGAAAAGACAUUUGUGUAAGUACCUCCUCAAAUAAGAAAGCACUUUAAGCACUGUUGUAAAUCCAUACUCAUGUUCAUACAUGGAAUCAUGCUACUUUUUCCAUUUUAUUCUCUUCAUCUAAAAGUAUCAACUGCAAACAUAUAGCCAUGCUGGUCUGAUACAUUAAAAACAAAACAAACAAGCCACAAAAAGAAAUAACACUUUUUUGUAGGUAAGUCCCUCUUCUUCAAGUAAAAAUAAUGGCAUAUGAAUUUAAUUUUAAUUAUAAACUAAGUGCAAGUACAAAAAAUAAUGUGUCAUCUAUUUAUUUCCUCUGUUUUUUUUUUUGUUAAGAAUUAAAUACCAUAAAUCUAACUGUCUUUGUUAACAAGAGUUUGAAAUUGUUUCAGACAACCCAUCUAAUUUUUUCCAUAGUUAACCUUGAUUUCACAUCGUACGUAGAAUUUAUGUUUCAUUUAAGCUCUAAACAAACAGAUAUUUUUCAUUAUGCUUGAAAAAUUAUUUUACCAUUUGAAUUUUUAAUGAGUUAUUUAUAUAUAUAUUGAUAGUACAAUGGGAAUAAAUUGAAUGAACUAUAAAGAAUGCAUUACAGAAUGCAUAAUUUCUUUGUUUUUUAAGACAUUUGCAUCACUCUGGAUCAAGUACUAGUUUCAGAGUAUCAUCUAAUGAUGAAAUAUAAAGGACUUGUAAGUUUAAAAUUAAUAACUUUGUUUUGUUGCGAUUUUAUAAUAUAAUUUAAUUUUGCACUAUGUCACACACAAGUGAAGACGAUGGAAAAAAGGUAUACAUUUUCAGUAGCAGUUUUGGGGGUUUCUAUUUAUGAAAUCAAAAUUACCUUUUUUUUCCCCCCUCCACUUAGACUUGUUAGUAGCACUUAUGAGACAGGGCCACCAUCUUCCUCAUUUAGCAGAAAGGCUAACUCUGUCACCUCCCUUUCUAUGUGUUAAGAUGAUUAAUACUUCAAAAGUGAACCCAGAAGAGAGGUUAUCCAAAUGGGAACAAUUCAAAGUGCAGGGCAGGGACUAAAGAGCAAUGAAAUGUAGGAGCAAAUCAUGCCUCUGUUUUUUUGCUUUGCAUUAGAAAUAUUUGGAUUUACAUGUGUGAGAGUAACAUUGUUUUGUAUUAUAGCUGAUCUAAUUUGAUACUAGCUCCAAAUAAUCUGAAGAUAUUUGGGGAGGGGAACUCAUCAUUUUCAAAGGUCUUCUGGUACACACGUACUUCCUAUUAGUACACCUCCAAGGGCUACACAUUUUUUUUCCAUCCUAAAUUCAUUGGAAUGAUGUAACAAUCCAGCUAUUAAAUACUCUUAAGUGGCAUCAAAAUCCAAUGUUUUCAUAGGCACCAUAAUGAAGUUUUUAAUAAGGAUUGUCCCUAAAUAAGUGGGUCACAUCUGAAGGACAGAUAAAACUACCACGGCUGUCCAUAGGAUCUCAAGCUUGAGACACAAACCCCAGAUAUUUUAAAUCUAAAGCUAUAACAGUUUAAGAGGUUUAACAAUGGCACUGUUUAACUCAGGCACUGCCCUUGUCUAGAAAGCAUAUACUGGAAACACAAAUUUUGGCAGCACGUUGACAGUGCUCAAAAGAGAAGCCUUAUAUCUUUUAAUGGCAGUUCUCAGUCCUCCCAAAAAGUCUCCUCCACUUCAGUGCAUUUCUGUAGCAUUCAGCUGUCACAAAAGUGUGGCCAUGUGCUACCACCUCUGCUGGCAAUAGCAGAAUCUGAAACUGGUCAGCUACUGGUUGAAUGUUUUCUGUUCAACUGUUCAUGUGAUGUGCAGUUGCAUCACUGAGUCUGAAGGGUGUUUAGGAGACAUGCUUAAAUGAGCAUAACAUUUACCCAAACCAGCACAAAGUAUGUCAUUGCAAAUUUCUGUAGAUGAAGGAAUUCCAUUAUAUUAAAGCCUCCCACAAAGAAUUUAGACAAAAAUACACUUUGUGCAGAAUGGAGUUAAUGAUAUGAACUUUUGAGACUCUACCAGGGUAUCCUGAAGAUCUCUGUCAAGUGUUCUGUUUGUAGAACAUCUGCAUUCAUCACUGAGAGUUUUGCAACUGUGCAUUAAAUACAGAACAUUUAAGAAACACAUUAGCCUUGAAAUUGUUUUUUUAUUGUUGUUGUUUUUCUAAGGCGGUAAACUGGUGGGGCUUCAUCAGUACUUUUAUUUUCAAGAAGAAAAGUGUUAUUCAGAGAAUAUAAGAUGUCAUAGCUUUGAAUGCAGGUCAGUGUUGAUUUGUAAAUGCUGCAGACAUUUGUGCAGUGACCUCACAGAAUAUUCAGAGGUGACUGCAUCCAGCCUUGUCCUUGUAGAGCAACUUGGUCAGAAAUUCAAUCUUGAACCAAAGAGGCAAAAUUUUAAAUUCUAUGUUAUAUCUAAUCCUGAAAUACCAAAAUAAAAUUUACAAACAUAUUAAAUGGCUACAUUUUGCAUUUAAAUACCUGCAUUUAAAGCAUAGUGAACUCCAUGUGCAUAUGUCAAAAUUCAGGCUUUGUGUUGCAGCCUGUCAUUUCACACAUAACAUAUGAUGAAUACAAGUGUUUCAUAAGUCAACACAGCCCAUUGACUAUGAAAAAACAGAAUUAUUAUGAGCCAUCAGCUUUUGCUAAAAAUCUGCAUGCAAGUAAAAGUAAAUAUUUUAACAAGAAAGAGUAAACAAACCAAUCCAUAGCAUAAUACAUAAUUUGUUCUCUUUAUGUCAUGAUAUUUUCAAGUACGUUUAAUGAAGAAAAUUCUUUAUAGUACCACACCUAUUGAUGUUAUGUAGUAUGCCAAAAAUACGUACUCUUAAGUAUAACUAAAUGUAUUUGGCUUGAUUUGGUUUGUUUUAUGAUGGGAAUUUUAGAUUAUCUGGUCCUCACAGAACUAAUUAUAUGCUAGGUUAUAGUGUUAGCAUAAGCUUAUUAUGGAAGUGUUACAAAUUUUAAUACAUUUAUUCAUGAUUUCAUCAGUAAGUGAAUAUGUUUCAUUUUCUACAUAUUUUUAAAAAUAAGAGCUACAGAUUUUCAAAAGAGCUUUGCAUUCCAGUAGCACAAAGGCACCAUUGAAAUAAAGAUUAGCAUAUUUUUUUAGCUGUUGGCCAUUUUAUUAUGUUAACUAAGUACAUCAAGAACUUAACGGACAAGAGCUAGUUUUAAGAGGGCUAUUUUUGUAAACCAAUCAUUUAAAUUUUUGUCUAUUCAAACUAGAAUUCUUAAGAAUACAAGCCAAUAGUAUACGGUAUCAAUAUGCUUUGAGAAAAGGAUAAGUGUUUUCUAAAUUAGUUCUUGAUUCCACAAAAUUAUAUUUAUUUAUUGUAAAUGCAGAGACUUAUCAGAAGACCUCAAAGUGCACGGUUAAACAUGUGUAGUUGUCAACAUUUCAGUUUGUUACUUUUAAUGUGAUUUGCUUUAUUCAAUGCCUUAAGAUGUUUCUUGUAUCAAAGGAAAUGUUAGAAAAGACUGGAGAUCUAGAGAAUGUAAAACUGUUGCCCUUAGAAAUUCAGAUCAGUUUUCAUUCUUUCUUAGCUAUUCCAAUAAAGCUUUUGGAAAUUUUAUUAACACUGAAAACACUAAGCCCUGCAUUAUACUUUAUAUUUCUUUAUGUGGUGGUUUGGUCUCUGAAAAAGUCUGAAACAAAGUUAAAGCUGAUUUUAAAAAGUUCUGUCUCAGGCAGUUAUGAGUUGGAGCUUAAAGCUCACAUCUCUGAUUAGUUCAGUAUGAUGGGAAAAAUGGAAGACUCUAAGUUCCCAAAAUGUAAGUACCUGUCUUAGAUGCCUGAGGCUGCACUUCAGGCACUUCAAAAGGAAACACAGGGUGGGAAUAUAGCUUAAGAUCUCUCAAGGUGCACGUGUAUGUGUCUCCCUUUCUCUCUGUUUCUCUAAAGAACUAGAAAUGCUUCUACUUUAGUGUUUUCAUUUUAUCAGGAAUGUGAUUUUUAAGCCAGGCUCCUGCCUACAACCACUCCUACAAUUUUAUCACUGAGACGUCAUCAAGCACAUGAGCUGUUUCUUUCAGGAUGACACUAAGCAAGCAUCCCAGUUCCAGGUCCUGGUGGGCUUUCAGACCAUGCAGCCCAGCUGAAAUGAGUCCAGAGGGAAAAACCCUCUGAGACGCUACCAGCAAGGCUGCCAGGUCCUGGUGCCAACCAUCUCUCUGGCUGUGGCAGCUGCUGCUCAUGCACCAUGGAGAAAAAGCUAAAAAGCUAAAAAAGCUGAGCUUCACAGUGUAGCCCCCUGGAGCUCUGUUCCUGGAGGGGGAUGCUGUGCUGCAGCAAGGGGCAGAAUGAAGCUGAAAAAGGCUCAUGGUGCCUGGGUAGGUUAUUUUGCAUCACUUUUUUUCUCACCACACCAGGACACUAUUAGCUGCAAGCAGGCUACCCCAUGCUGGUCAACCCUCUCCCUGCUGCAUCUUUCUCUCCAUCUGCCACAAACACACACCUGAAUAUUGGCUCUGGGGUCCCCAAGCAUAUUUCCAUGUUCCCCCACUCCUGUUGCUCAGACAGAUGCAAAACUGUACUUAACUACAUAAUGGAACCUCUAAACCUUGUACAGGACAGGGGACAGUGUUGAGGUUUAUAGCAAGAGCUUAAGAGUGCUUGAGUGCGUUAUUAACCUUCAGGUUGUAGCAAAUAAAUUCAUAACUGUGCUUAAGUGCUUUCCUGACUUGGAGGGUUGUUAAGUUGAAUUUAAUUUUCCUGGAAUAAGUUCUAUAAUGCCAACACAUUUCUACUUGCUUGGCUCAAUUUUCAGGAAGUCAAGCAGAGACAGUGGUUCAUAUCCUCCUGGAAUCAAAUUAAAAAACAUUGGAAUGCUGGAAUAAAAAAAAAAAUUCUGUUGAAAUUCUGUAUAUUAUAUAUUGAACCAUGUAAAAACAAAUGCUUUCAUUUACAUUUCCUAGUCAGUUUUCGCUGUGGUAUACAUGCCUUCCACUUUCAACAAUUUUCUCCACAGGAAUUCCAGCUGUCACAGAAAUUCUUUUGCUAUUGAGUAUAUACUAAUAUAUAAUGCUGUGUGUAUGUAUGUGGGGGGUGUGUGUGUGUAUGCAUGUGUCUAUAUAUUAGUAUAUACUAAUGGAAUAUAUUCAGUAUAUAUUAAUGAAAGUUACAUAUUAGGCAUAAUUGUAAAACAGAAGCAUACAUCCAUGAAGCUUUAUAUUUAAAAACUUACAAUACUAUAAAGAAACAUGUGUAUAUUAGUUGAAGAAAUGGCUAUUUUUGCAGGGUAUGCACAAUCUGGAUAUAUGAUAAUAAAUUGAUAAACAUUAACAGAUUUAUUAUUUCAUACCUCCAGGAACUUAAAGAUUUUUUAAAUUAUUCUUAUCCCUUUAGCACAUUUGCAAUAUAUGUCAUAAAUUUUAAUUUGUUAUGGAUUAAAAUGACUGAAAAAUGUAAUAGAAAGUCCUAUAUAUUUUAUAAAUAUUAAAAAAAUUAAGAAAAGCUAUUCAAAUUAUUUAUUUCAUUUUAGUUAAGGUUUUGUGAUUGUUUGUAAUAUGUAUUUGUGACAAGCAUAAGUCACCUAGCUGUUUAAGCUCAUUAAUGUACCACUAAUAAAAUGCUAUCUUCUGUUUUGUUUUUGUUAUGCUUCUUUUUGUAAUGAAACAUAGCAGAAAAAUAGAAAAUAAAUACUUUUUUUAACUAA